AAAAUAAACACCACACCCGAAUAAGGACGAUAGUGCAAAUUUGCCCCAAUUCAUAUUAGGGCCAUGUCUUUGGCCCAAUUGACACAAUUCUUCAUUACCUGCAAAUCUUUCUCCAAGAAUUGAUUUCUGGCGAAAUUAAGCUAGUUCAAAGUCAUCAUAUAUCAGCAAUGCCUCACAGAACUCGGCCUAUGGCAGCUCUUCUGCUGUUUACUGGACUAAAUGUUGUUCUGGUCUCAACAAUAACUCCUGUCUAUGAUUUUGUAUGCUUCCAUCCUUAUUGGGAAAGAAGAAGAGAGCAUCGGCGUCAGGAACGUGAAGCAGCUUUGAGAAGUUCAGCAUCUGCUUAAGUGUGAUAACAAAGCCGGAGAUUCUGUAUAGCAGGUUGUCUUUUUAACAGGGCCACGAGAUAAAACUGUCUUAUUCAGAGAAAGUAUUUAUAGAAUACGAAAGAAGUUAAGUUGGAGCCCUACAUGUGCUUCUGGUUUUUGUUCUGCACACAAGUUUUUGUUGUUCCCUUCUUACAUACGGAGUCACAAUUUCAAGUUGAGCAACUAUUGAGCUGGCUUAUGCUUGAAACAGAAAGAAAGAUGAAGACAUAGGCAUCUUACUACUGUACUUGUUCUUUUCGAAAAGAAUUGAGACAAUUUUUUUUUGUUUUUGAGGAAACCAUUGUUGUUCCAUCUAUAUUGGUGGCUGUUUGGCUUAGAGCAUCAAUCUUGAUGCUUACCAUGUAUUUAGAGGCUUAGAGCAUAGUGCUAGAAAUUUUUGAAACCGAUUACUGUUCUGUUGCUUUGAUGCAAGACUAGAUAAAGUCAUGGCACUUAUUAAUCUUACAAGAAAUUGGAAGGCUUUAAUA